UUUCCUGACAGCUUACAGAGCGCCGGGACAUAGUUGACACAACUAUCAGAACUACCAAUCCCGAUAAAACGCAUUAUCGUUAAUAUAACAUGAAUCUAUCGACAAUAUUUUUUUAGUUGUAAGAAAUCACUCCUAUCACCAUUUUAAACUCUUGAUUCAUCGACCUUCCGGUCACUCGCCACAACUUAUCAUUCUUAUUUCCUUCUGCGUCAUUCGUACCACGAUGGUUCCACUGAACGUACUGUUUUUGCUCUUCUUGACAGCAAAAUUAAUUUCAGGUGACUCCACCAACAACUGCAAAUCCAAAGAAACAUGCAGCGAGUGCAUCCAAGAAAUCGGGUGUCUGUGGUGCAUCAAUCCGAAAACGGAAAUCCACUGCGUGCACGAAAGCGAAGUGAGGGAUAGCUGGUGCGAGGACAACUUCGUUAUCAAUCCGCAAGGGUCGGACGAAGUACUCCAGAACAGUCCAUUGGCGAGUACCGAAGGAAACGCGGUACAGAUUAGACCGCAGAGGGUCAAACUGACCUUGAGACGCGGAGAGGAGUAUAAAUUACACUUUCAGUAUGCACAGGCGGAGAAUUACCCCGUCGAUUUGUACUACAUCAUGGACCUGUCUGCUUCCAUGGAAGAACAUCGGGAGAAGUUAGCCAAACUUGGGGCAAAACUGGCCCAAACGAUGAUGAACAUCACUAACAACUUCAAACUGGGUUUUGGAAGCUUCGUCGAUAAAGUGGAUCUACCUUUUGUUAGCACGGUCCCGGCAAAGCUUGAACACCCCUGCAACUUGAAUAAGAAAAACGGGCAAAAAGUCGUCUGCGUGUCUCCUUAUAGUUUCAAAAACCAUAUGUCACUCUCGACUGACUAUAACAAGUUUUCUCAAGAAGUGUUCGACGCUAAAGUUUCCGGAAACCUGGAUGCUCCUGAAGGAGGGUUUGACGCUCUAAUGCAAGCUAUUGUUUGUAAAGAUGUGAUUGGCUGGAGGGCUCAAGCUAGACAUUUGAUUGUGUUUUCCACUGACGCCGAGUUUCACAUAGCUGGUGAUGGUAAACUUGCUGGGGUUGUGGAACCCAAUGACGCUCGUUGUCACAUGGUCAAAAAUAGCUACACCGACUAUCUCAAACUUGAUUACCCUUCCAUAUCCCAGAUUAACAACGUGGCGAAAGAAAACAACAUCAACAUCGUCUUUGCCAUCGUCAACAAGAGACGAAUCGUCGAUUCCUACAAGAAGUUGUCUCAAGUCGUGGAAAAUUCCAACAUGGGAGCUUUGGAUGAAAAAUCCGAAAACGUGAUCAAACUAGUGGUGGAAAACUACAACAAAAUCGUCGAUUCUGUGACGAUUUCGUCCAACUCUUCGAACGACGUGGAAGUCAAAAUCUCGUCGACUUGUCCACACCCGAAAGCCAAUGGUUGCACCAACAUCCACGUUGGCGAGAUAGUCAACUUCACAGCAACCAUUAAACCACUGGAGUGUAGUAAAGGCUCCAACCACAAAACCAUAACCAUUAAACCAGAAGCUCUAGACGAAAGUAUCACCAUAGAUUUGGAAGUUUUGUGCGACUGUGGCUGCGAGGCUACAAACAGCCAGUUCUUCAUCCCCAAAUCUGACAAGUGCUCAACCAACGGGACCCUAAAGUGUGGGGUCUGUGACUGCGAUUUUGGUUUCUUUGGAAAGAGCUGUGAAUGCAGUACUGAAACCUCACAGUCAAACGACGACACCACCUGCAAACCCAACAAAAACGACACCACUGUGUGUUCGGGUUUGGGUAUCUGUAGGUGUGGCCAAUGCCAAUGCAACCGAAGAACCAACCCUGAGGAAAAAAUCUUCGGAAAGUACUGCGACUGUGACAACUAUUCUUGCAAAAGAGUCAACGGUAAGUUGUGCUCUCAGCGAGGCACGUGUGAGUGUGGGGGCAUUUGCAACUGCGAGGCAGGCUGGACGGGUGAUGCCUGUCAAUGCCCUGAUAGUACCACCGUGUGCGUUAAACCCGACGGCAACAACUUAAUUUGUAACGGGCAUGGUACUUGCAACUGCGGGAAGUGCGAAUGCCUUGACGAAGAAGUCCGGUACUCGGGGAAGUACUGCGACGAAUGCCCCACUUGCGAGGGACAACGGUGCGAAGAAUUGCGACCCUGCGUCGAGUGUCAAGUUUACAAGAGUGGGGUUUACAACCAAGACGAGUGUAAAGCCAACUGUACAAACUUUUUGACUGAAGUUGUCGACAAAAUCGACAACCAUCAAGAUAGCGAUGUCAAAACUUGUACAAUUGUCGACGACAACGACUGCACUUUCGUGUUUCAGUACGAGUAUUUGGAUGAGAAGCAGCUGAGGGUGGUAGCUGAGAAAGAAAAGGUGUGUCGGGGACCACCCGAUGUUCUAGCGUGGGUUUUGGGGGUGAUUGGGUCGAUUUUGCUGGCGGGGUUGAUCUUGUUGCUUAUUUGGAAAGUUUGUACCACGGUUCACGACCGGAGGGAGUACGCCAGGUUCGAGAAUGAGCGGCAGAAGAUGAAGUGGCACAGGAAUGAGAAUCCGUUGUACAAAGAAGCGACAUCGACUUUCGCUAACCCGUUGUAUCAUAAGUGAGUUGGAAGGAUAAUCUUGUGAAACUUGAUUGAUCUGAGGCUGUUUGAAAUUUGUAAUUUAUUUGUUAUUGUACGUAUUUAGUGUUUCUGUAGAUUUGAGAAAUAUAUUGUGUGUCGAAAUUAA